UAUAGUGCGCCGCAUUUUCUGAUUCAUUAUUACGUAGAUCAUUUUCAAAGCAGUGCUUCGAGAAAAAUGCGAUUCCAUUAGUGAUUGACUUAUAGUCAGAUGAUUCUAGAGAGUGUGCCUGAAUCCGCGAAUGGUGUCCGUCAUUGGUCAGCGCCGAUUGGACGAUAAUUGAGGCGAUCAAGCCCCGCCUCCAUGUUCGGGGCGGCCACCAAUGCAGCGGAUGGCGGCGGUAGUAGCGACCACGGACUGCGGCGGCAAACCCGAAGCGUCGUCAGUCAUCUUGGCUCGUGUAGUGGCGGCUAUGGCACAUCGUCAUCGUCGACAUCCUACGAUGCUCCGGGGCUGCGUCGCUUUAGCGAGGCGUCGCGGGUUUCGACGAGGCGUGAUUGCUACCCGGACUUGAUGUUGCCAGCUGUCGACGAAGCCGACACUUUCGACGCCAUGCUGGGCAUGAGUGACGACGAUGACGCCAUGCCCAAUGCGACCAGCGAUGGACGGUCGUCGACGAGUCGACGGGGAUCCAGUCGGGCAACCAGAAAGCAACUGGGACUUCCCCCGGCUCGGUGCUGGGACCCUGUUUUCACCUGUGAAGGAGAAGAAUACGUGGUUGGGUCAAGUCAGUGUGGAACCCGACUGAGUGCUGCCCAAACUGUGCGUCGCGACAACUGA